AUGUGCUGUUUUAAAUUGGCCGUGGAAUAUUUGACAAAAGCAGUAUCAUUAUUAUCCAAUGAAAAAAUACAUGAAAAUAUGAAGUUAAAUGAUAAAAUUUACAUCUUCCAAUUAUAUUUUGCUCUUGGUUCGUCCUAUUAUAAAUUAAACGAAUAUGAUUUAUGUAUUUUAUAUUAUAGAAAAGCAUUAGUACUAAAUUUAGUAUAUAAUAGGUCAGUAUUUACAUUAAUUUAUAAAGAAAUUGGAUUUUCAUUUUGGAAUAAAUAUGAAUUCGAUUUAGCUAUUGAAUAUUAUAAUAAAAUUCUAGAAUUAGAACAACAACAAAUAUUACCUAAUAGAAUUUUAAUUGCUCACUUCAAAUACCUUAUGAACAUAUGUUUCACAUUAAAAGAAGCAUAUGAUUUAUCAGUUUUAUACAAUAUUGAAAAAGAUGAAAUAAAAUUAGAUGAUAAAGUUAAAAUUGGGAAUGUGCUGAUUAUUCAAAGCAGUAUUGCCAAUUUGAUUUAA